AUGAGUGUAGACUCCGUUCUAAAUAAUGACAAUGGUGGAGUCGAAAAGACUAAUAUUCCAAAGAAACGAAUGUAUCCUUUACGAAUGGAAACUUUACCCAAUUUAUCUGAUGCAAAGGAUAUAAACAGGAAUGCUAAUAUUGUUACAUCUACUCAAAAUGUACCGAGGAGAGAUUCCAUAACUUCAACAAAGAAAGAUACACCUAAUAGACAAAAUUCGUCUGUUCCAACAGCGGAUGAUUUUGAAAAUGAUCAAGAUUUUAGAUUUAAAAGACAUAAAUUACCUAAGAUAAAAGGAACUCAAUCAUUAGGAGAACGAUUAGAUAAUCUUCAAGAUAUGAAAAGAGCUAAAUGGAUUGAUAAUUUUGAUUCAUCAAUACGAAAUACUCAAGAACAAAGUAGUAAAGGGAGAUUAAAAAGUGCUGAUUAUAGAAAGAAUAGGAACAACAACGAAAUACCUAGUUCACAACCCAAUUUAAAUUUGGAUGAAGUACCAUACCUAGGUGCUUCACAAUGGCAACAACAACAACAGCCAAUGUAUUAUAUACCUGUACCAACAUCUCCAAUGUAUCCCUCACAGAUACCAAUAGGCGGAUUACCUGCACAAUAUAUGAAUCAACCUAUCCCUAUGAUUCCAAAUUCUUCAAUGCAACCGUUUUAUUCAUCCCAAUCAAUACCAGGCUCUUCGCAAUUAUUACCUCCACCUCAGUUAAACCCCAUCAAUUUACAAUAUACACAAACCACAAGAAAUAGCAGAAAAUCGUUAGCAGAACAACGUGGUCGUAGAUUAUCGAUAAUGUCUAAUAGAGAACAGAUGAUGAUUUCUCCACAUCGAGAUGUCCCGGAGAGUCAAUUUUAUAGAUAUUUAGGCAACGUUCAAGGAGAUUCACAAUCACAAUUAAAACAAUUAUAUUCUUGGUGUGCAAUCAGAAGUUUUGAAAAAAUGCGUCAUGAUUUAAAAGGUCAAGAGAAAUUUAGUGAAGGAUUACCAUCCAAUUUUAUCGAGAACAAAAAUAUUACACUUUCCAUAAUAAAGAAUUUUGUAGAUGAUCUAAGAAGAGGUCAACUUGAUAUUGAUUGGAAUGCUGAGGAUAGAUCUAACAUAGGAAGAUAUAAGGAAGAGCCACUAAUACUACAUAAUAAUGAGCCCGAGGACGCAGAAGAUACUAUUUUAAAGAAUCUCUUUAAGGAUGAUGAUUAUGAUGAGGAAGGGGAAGAAACGCAAGAAAAUGAUAAUGAUAGAGAGUUUAACGACGAUACAGAAGAAAACAGUGAUUCAAAAAGUGAAUCAUUUUAUUAUACUGGUAUUAACAUAAAGAGAAUUCCAAAGUCAAAAAAUAAACGCAGUGAUAAACUAAACACGCAACGAACUGAACAAUCCCGAUACCAUAAUGAAUUAAAGAAAAAAGAUAUACCACUAUUACCAAAUAGCAAAAAUAUUAAAAAUGAACAAAAUUUAUUAAUUUUAACUGAAAAAAUUGAAAAAUUAAAAAAUGAAUUACAUGAUUGGAUUACUGUUUUAGAUAACAACGAUCUCGAAAAGGAUAUCCAAGAGAAGAUAAAUCCAAUCGAUAUACAAGUUGAACGUGAACCUAUUCAAAAGGAAUUGGAAAUUGACAGUUCUUUACAUCAUUUACUCUCCACAGAAGACCUCGAAAAGGAUCUAAUCAGCAGGAUGAAUAAAUUACAAGUGCAUACACAUUUAAUCAAAUCGCAUUCAAAAACUCUUUCCAAGACAACAACAAAAAAAAUCAAACUUUUAACUAAUGAAUUUAAGAAAAGAGAGAAAUCAAAAGAAAAUACCAUAAAUUCCAAACAACUCUUGCGUGGAUUGAGUGAUACGUUAAUCAAAUUGUAG